AUGGGAUUUGCAGCUGCGUUCCUCGCUCUUCUAUUUCCGGCUUUGAUUCUCUUGCAUCUAUUCGUCGCUCCUUAUACCAAAGUCGAAGAGUCCUUCCAUGUUCAGGCUGCGCAUGACCUGAUAGCUCACGGUCUGCCUAAGGGUUGGAAUGAUUUGACUCUCAAUCGGACGAAUUAUGACCAUUUCGCCUUUCCAGGGGCAGUUCCCCGGAGUGCCCUAGGUGCUGUGGGACUUGCUUUGCUCUCCAAGCCUGUGAUCUGGUUCAAUGCGGGCAUCAACCAACAGCUAUUAGUUCGAGGGAUUUUGGGACUUUUCAAUGCCUCAUCUCUGGCAAUCUAUGCAAAUGGAUUGCGCCGCAGCUUCGGCCAGCCCGUAGCUAUCUGGUACAUCAUCCUCCAAGCAAGCCAGUUCCACAUCAUAUACUAUGCGUCCCGACUACUAUCAAACAUGUUCGCCUUCGGCAUGACGAACAUAGCAUUCACGCUUCUUCUGCCCGGACCGAAUUUAUCUCCAAACCAGCGAAGUCUCGCUCUGGUCCUCCUCACGAUCGCAGGUAUAGUCUUCCGCUCCGAACUCGCCCUUCUAGUCGGGACCCAGACUCUAUUCCUCCUCGCAACACGCCAAGUCACUAUCCCCAGAGCCAUAUUCGCAGGUCUGGUCGGUCUGGUCAGCGGCCUCGCCUUGACAGUCUGCAUAGACGGAGCCUUCUGGCAGAGCUUCCCACUGUGGCCUGAAUUCGAAGCUUUCCGCUUCAAUGUGCUGGCCGGCCAAUCGUCAGAGUGGGGAACAGAGCCUUGGUCUUUCUACUUUUUCAACGCGCUCCCCCGCCUCCUCUUCAAUCCCCUUUCCUAUCUCCUCGCUAUCCCAGUGGCUUUAAGACAACCUGCUACACGGAAGAGCGCAGCCGCACUCCUCAUUCCGGCGGUGGCUUUUGUUGCACUUUAUAGCUUCCAGCCUCACAAGGAGUGGCGGUUCAUUAUCUAUGUAAUCCCGUCUUUGACGUCCGUUGCGGCUUUGGGCGCCGGAUUCCUCUGGACCCACCGCUCGCGUUCCUUCUUUGCGCGCUGGGCGACGCGGGCUCUCGUGGUCUCUUCCUUCGGCGUGUUUUUGCUAUCGAGUCUCGUUCUCUUACCUGCAUCCGCCGCUAAUUACCCUGGUGGACAAGCGAUUGAUGCUCUGCACCGUCAACACGCUUUGUCCAAAGAUAUCUCCGCGCAGUCGGAUAUCAAUGUCUACUUGGGUAACCUGGCUUGCCAGACUGGCGUGACACGUUUCUUACAGCAAGAUUCUUCGUCGGGUUGGGUAUAUGAUAAAACAGAAGACGAGGGCAUGAAGUCAACAGGUGAAUUUUGGGAUCGGUUCGACUAUGUUGUCCUGGAGGCUUCGCUGGAUGAAAAGUCGCUGGAUACAGACGAGGGCAGACUCCGUCUUGCACUGCCGACCUCUGCGUGGGAGAGUGUAUAUGUUGUGAAUGGAUUUACUGGGAUCUCGGUCUUGAGACCUGGUGUUCCGGCUACUGGUAUUGCUGAGCGACACAUUCUUGGCUCUAUUGGCGGUACGCGUGCGAUCGAGCUCUUUGAGGUUAUUCGCAAGCAUGCGAGAGCUUUGCUGCGUGGGUGGUGGAUUGAGCCGAGGAUGGAGCCUAGGGUUCAGAUUCUAAAACGUGUAAGAGCUUGA